GCCAUUCAAAGCGCUGUGAAAUAUCGCUGUUCUGAAAGUGGUAGUCAUGAAGAAAAGGUAGCCAGUCUGCGCACCGAUAUUCUUAAUUCAAUAUACCACAUAUUUGGCGAUCAUUCUAAAUGUGCUACAUAUUUUUGUAAAGGUAAACAUACAGGAGUAAUCAAAUGAUAUUUUUGUUGUUUAAUAAUUAUGUUAUUUACAGACAAAGACAGUGCAAAUAAUUACAUUCCGGACAUGACACGCACGGGUUUAUUGCAAGACAUUAGAAUAGUCCUAAACAGAAUUGUUCAACAUGCAGAUAGUUUGUUGCUAGAUAUGGACAAUAACUCUGCAGAGUGUUACAAUUCUGUAGUUGCUAAAUUUAUAGGCGGAAAAAGAAUUAACUUGGCGGGUCGUGAUUCUUUUCAAUUAAGGUGUCAAGCGGCAGGAAUCAGUUUCAAUACAGGACAUUACAAAUAUCCCCAUUUGAUCUACAAAUCCAUAACGAAGCGAAGUCCUGGUAAAUUCGUAAAAUCUUACAUGGCUCAAAAGAAGAGAAUUCAUGAAAACAAACUCACAAGAAGACAACUUUUUCCCGAAAAAUAUAAAAAGAAAAUCAAACUUCCCGCAGAAACUGAUGCUGAUUAUGGACCUGACGCUGCCGCCAUUUCGAAUAUAUUGCCAGACAGCUAUGAGAUUGAAAAAAAGGCCUUUCUUGAUGCUCUUCAAAAAACACCACUGGAAAUAAAUGAGUUGCAACAGAAGACUAUUGGUCAAAGUAACAAUCGAACUUGGGUGGAAGAAAGAUAUAAGCGAUUAACAGCAUCUGUUUUUGGAAAAAUUUGUAAAAUGAGGCAUUCAACUUCAUGCCAAGCGACCGUGAAAAGUCUGUUGUAUAGUACCUUUUCGGGAUCUACCGCUACAGACUGGGGCAAAACACAUGAGCCUAUGGCCGUAGAAGCGUUUCAAAUUGCGAACGAUGUAACUGUUGAACCUUGCGGGUUGUUUAUAGACGCUAAUUUUGGAUUUUUGGCCGCAUCUCCAGAUGGAUUAAUAGGCAAUAACGCCAUCAUAGAGAUUAAAUGCCCCUACUCUGCGGCUCAGAUGACACCAAUAGAUGCAAUUUUACAAAAAAAGCUUGCAUAUUGCACUUCAAAUAAUGGGAAAAUACAACUAAAAAAAUCUUCCGAUUACUAUUUUCAGAUUCAGGGCCAAUUGCAUAUUACGAGGCGUGACAUUUGCCAUUUUGUAAUAUGGACACCUCUCGGUAUAGAAGUUGAAAGGAUUUCCAGAGACGACGUAUUUUGGUCACAAAAAAUGGAAUACCGUCUUGAACAAUUUUACUACAAUUGUUUAUUGCCUGAGCUACUCUAUCCUCAACAUCCCAAAAAUCUGCCAAUUCGUGAUUUGAGGAAAAGAGAACCCCAGAAGACGACAUAGAUUUUCUAAUUAAAUAAUUGACCACACUCAGUUUUUUUUUUUUUACAAAAAGACUCAUAAAUUUGCAUUGGUAAUAUGUUAUAAUUUGUUCAUAUACUAAGUGUACUAGUUUAGCUCCAAUUUUUAUAUAUUUUUAUUUUUAUUUUUAACCAGCCACUUUAAAAUUAAUUGUUCCAAUUUUUAUAUUUCCUGUUGGAAAUAAACUACUUUUUUUUACUAAUAAAACCUGGACGGGGUCACAGUGACCUUCCUACUCCUCACUGCAACCGCACCAGUACAAUAAAAAAAAAGAAAGAUUUUUCCUACAGUUACCGGUCGGUAAGUAGCUGUAGGUUCCGCAAUCGUGUGAUUUUUUUUCUCAAAAAAAUUAACAGCAAUUUGACAUUUUUUUUUAAUUUGUGGCAAUGUCAAAGGGCCUUUUUAAAUUUAUUAAUAAUUUACGAAUUUUAAUUUUAUUUUAAACAUAAAAAAUUCUUCAAUAAAAAAUGUAAUGGGGUUCACUUUUAUGAAAAUUACAAGAACUGAAAACUUAGCUUUUCUAAAUAUGACUGACAACAAUAACAUUUACAGUACAAAGGUACUAAAAUAAAAAUCAAAUUGUAAUGCUAUUGCACAAAUUGCGAAGCGCCGAAAGCUACUAAAUCUGCUACUGUACGAUGCUGAAAUAUAUUGUUUCUUAAAUGACCUGUUUAGAUCUCCUAUUUAAAUUCUCAGGAAUUUCGGAAACUACUUUGCACACGGUUUGUACGGCAAACCAACGUUUGUUAGAAUAAGGAGACGGGUUCUAUAAGGUUCAGUAUUCCGUACUGAUUUGCUCGCAAACUGGCCGCCUUUGCACAUGUGAUUUCCUGUGUCGGCAGCGGUGACCUACCACAAAGAAUUACCCGAACAAUUAAAAAUUUGGCAAUGAGUACUAAGAUAAUAAAAUGUUGCAAUUUUUUAUUUUAAAUAUACAUUUCUAAAGGCUUUGGGGCCCCUCCAGCUUUGAUGCCCUAGGCCAGUGCCUAGUGUGCCUUAUUAUAAAUCCAAAGGUGUAUAAAAUUAUUACUUGAAUUGAUGAGUUGACUGACAGAUACCACAUAUCACAUCACUAAUUUCCUACACAACCGUACGUACUGAAAUUUUGUGACUACAUAGAUACUCGAACAAGAAAACAAGUACUUGUCUAAUAAGUUACGGCAAAAACCUCAUCUUCUUUGGAAAUGUGACCUAAAACGGGGUGCUAAAAUUGUCACUUCACUUUGAUUUAUGAGCAGUUCAGUCCAGUUCGUUUCUCACUAUUGAUGUUAGCAUCGUUCUUUGUAAAUUUAAUAUGGGUGCCUGUAAUAGUGCGAAAAGAACAGAGGUAUUGAUAUAUUCGAGAGGACAAGAAACAGUAAACAUAAACUCCGCCCUCUGGUUGACGUGUUUUUU